AGGGUGGGAAAUAAUGCCCAUGAUCGUAUAAUAGUGAUUUGAUAACCUAUUGAGCAAAAGACAUAGAAAUAAUUAUGUUUUGACUUUCUUAGAAAAUUUGAAAUUCUUGCUUUAAUAUACAGGGUGUGUACAAUUAUGCUAUGAUAAUGAUGUGAUAAGCAUUAUUAUACGAGUAUCCAUGUAAGUUAUCUGUGAUAUAUUCAGUAUCUAUUAGUGGCUGAUUGGUAUCAUGUCAUGAUGUCGUUCAAUAUUAUCCAAUUUUGAUAGUUUGUCAAGAAUGGAUAAAUGACCGGUUCACAGCUUGAAGAUCCUUUCCUUCAUUUGUGAUAAAAAGACCAUAAUUUUCAAAUGGAGGUUGACUCAAACUUACUAUCAAAUUGCCCUAAAAAUGUUUUGUCAGCUAAGGAUGCCUACAUACUGUUACAAAAUAGACACAAUAUCAAACAUGGAACAGUAAAUAUAAAAGGCUGUAUUACAUCUUUAAGUGAAGUAUUCAGGGUAAGAAAAGAUCAGUUUUAUUGUAUAUUAUUAGAUGAUAUAUUGAAGAUAAUGAUAAUGAGAGAAGAACUUAUAAAUUGUCAUAAAUGGUUAAUACCUGGUAAUGAUUAUAUCUUCAUUUCUUUUAAGCCGGCAUCACUGAAGAAGGGUGUUGAAAUACCAUUUAAUAUUUACCUUCCAUCAUCUAAAAGUCAUGUUUACAGAAUUGAAGAACAUAUCAGCACAUACAAAUUAACAGAAUGGUUAAAAGAGAACUUGGUCGAUGAAGACAGGUUAUUGUUAUCGGUUGUAAUUCCAGAAGUAACAUCAUCAUGUAAAUUUGUGUCAUAUCAGGGAGUGAUAGAAACUGUUAUAAGUGUUGAAUUUGGUAUAUAUAAUUUAGAUGGCAAUAUUCUGCUAUAUACAAGCUAUUUACCAUCUGCUGAAAACAAACCUUCUUUACAAGUUGGUUCAAAAAUAGUGGUACAUAAUGUACACCAUGGUGGUGGUACAGAGUUUCCUAGAAUUCGUCUGUACUGCUGUGCUAAGACUACGUUGAAGAUAGUUGAUCAGCCAUUAUCAAUUGCCCAUAAAUCGUCAAAACAAGUUGAAGAUUGUAAAACUUGGGUUCGUCAUAUGAUUAAUUCAUAUAAUCUACAGAAAACAGAAACAGAGCAUCUAAAACAGUUAUAUGAAACAGUUUAUAAUGUUUGGAAGGCAUUCAAAGGGGAAAGAUGUCACAUUGUUCAAAUAUUACAAGCCAUAUUGUCUGAGGAAUGUUGUCCUUGGAUAAAGUUCUCCCCUAGAAAUAUAACCGAAGAGUUUUUUGUGGAUCCUCAUUCCUGUUUUUAUUCUCAGACAAGUAAAGAAAAUAGAAUAGCAUGUAUUUUAACCGUAGAGAGAUUAAUAGAAAUAGCUUAUGAAGAAGCAGGUGAUUUAGAUAGAUUAAAAGAUAAAUAUAAAAGUAGUAAUCUGAUAGGUAAAGAUCUUGGUGAUCUCUUAUACUGGAAUUAUAAUCAACAAACCAAUAACAAUCAACAGAUAAUUAUUGGUUGGCUAGAUCUGUGUAAAACAACUGGUCGUCUGCUAUUGAGAGAUCAUCGCAGUAAAAUAGAUGUUAUUAUUUCCAGCUCGGAACAAACUUCUACUCAUGUCUGUGAUGAAACGUGUUUAACUCAAACAAAGUCAAACUGUCCUUUUGUUCAAAUACAAAACUUGAAUCGGAUUAUAGCGAUUUGUUCUUAUUCUAUAGUCAACGAACGAUUUCUAACAGGACACUUUUCAAACAUUGAAUCUGUUUGCAAAGAGAACAUUGAGGAAUUUCAGCACUUCGCUUAUCUCCAAUUUUCCAUGAUGGACUGUAAAUUUCUUACAGAAAGUAUUGAACAAAUUACUGAAGUCAAAAAAGGAAUAGGAGACGAACGUUGUGAAUUGAGAGAUGAAAAUCAAAAUAAACUAAACGGGCCACCAACCAACAAACAUUCCCAAGUGCAAGGCAGUUCUGGUCAUUCUGAAGACUCAACUGAUGAAACAAAGAGAAAAAAGGAAGACAAAGUUGUGAAUGGACAUAAAUGUUUAUGGAUUAGUCAUAAAGAAUCGUUAAUAACAGAGACCAAGAAAACAGAAUUUAGUUUACGUUUUAGUAUUCUGGGUUGUAUUGUCGAGAAUAUUAAUUCCGAUCACCUCACGACAAAUAAUAUUAAUACAAAGUAUGAACCCGUAGAACUGAUAUUUCAAGAUGUUUCUGUUAAAUGGUAUAAUAUCUUGGAAUCAGGAUCAAUGUAUGAAGUUAGUAACCUAAAUUAUGUCAAUUACAAUGUUCCCGCCGCUAUGGGUAGACGUGUGAAGAAUUCAAUAAAGAACUCUAAAGCCAGAUUAACAGUUACUGUACCUUCAGAUGCCCAUUUUAUAAGAAUCUUUGAUAAGAUUACUCGUGAGCUUGAAAAAGAUAGUGUUAAAAAUAUUGAGGAGGUUUUGUCUUGUGGUUGUAAAGAAGCUUUAGUAUCAGUUGUUGGUAUUAUAUCUGGUAGAAAACAUUGUGAUUCUGGUCUACCACCAAAAGGUAUUGGGUUCAAUGACAAGAAGCUAAAGACUGAAACUCAGAGAUUUCUUAGUGUUUCGAUGGUAGGAAACCAAUGUGUACAACUACAGAUAAAAUCAUUAAAUUCUGAUUCGGAUGUAACUGUUUAUUUAAAACUAGAACGGACAUCUUAUCCACUAGGAUUAUUACCUGGUACUGUAGUAAAGUUUGAGAGAUUAGAAAGAAAAGUAUCUAAACGUGGUAUAGUGUAUUGUCAAUAUAUCAUGGUAUCAAGUUAUAAAAUACUGUCUGUUAGAUCUACAUCACAUAACACAAGGUUUGAGGAUAAAAAGCAAUGCAUCGAUGAUAUAAAUUGUAUAAGAUAUGAAUAUCUUCUAGAAGUCAUUAACAAGAAAGAUAUGUGUGUAUUUAAAUGUUGCUGUCGUAUUUAUCAGAUAUUAAAUUUGAGAUUAGAGAGUAUAUGUUGUAUAUGUGGUAGUCGAGUACAACAAUCAACAUGUUCUAAUCCUUGUUGUAAAAACACAGCAUAUAAACUUACUGGUAAAAUCAGCUUUCUGAUUGAUGAUGGAAGUACAGUUGCCAAGACAUUUCUAACACUUGAAGAUGAAAAAGUACAGACUUUUUUUAAUUUAAAUAAAGAGGAAAUUGAAAGUUUCUUAGAUGAAAUUCAAGACAUUGGUGAAAUUUACAUCAGUAAUUUUUCAGUCGUCUAUCAGGAUACUGAUAUUGCCACCUUUGUACAAAGAUUGUGUAAUGGUUAUAUUACAAGUAGACUUUGGUGUUUAACAUUAAAACCAUUUUAUACCCAAAACUACAAUCACGUAUCUUUAGAAGAGUUGGAGGUAAGAAAUGUUCAUGUCGGUGAUACAACUAUAGAAACAAGAUGUCUACCAUAUUUUACACUGGAAUGUUUACAUAUUGAAGGAAUCACAAGUUGAAUCAUCUGUAGUUUAAAUAUUUAAACAUUAGAUAUGAGUAGUCACUCUUUUAACAAUUUAUUCCCCCCAACCCCACCCCACCGCCCAGUCUUCAAGUUAAUUAAGCACAAAUGACUAAAUGAUUUUAGUCUCUAAAUGAUAUUGAGAGGUGACAGCAUGUAAAUUGUUAUAAUAGUUAUAGUCUAAUGUACAUGUUUAUAUAUUUUGUUGUAUAUAAAGACAUUUAAAAUGUCUCUAAUAAUUAAACUAUUAAUCAUGUGA